GUAUGUAUCUAUUAUAGUGGUAAAUGUAAUGGCUCUUGCUGACAAAAAUCAAUUGGAUUUAUAGUGUGAACCUGCCAUAGAUACUGAUAAUUGCUUUUAGAGUUCUUGAGUUUUGAUAAUAACAAAAAAAUGGACAAACCUAUUUUAGGAAAAGAAUGCCAGAAUUAUUCUUCUGUAGUUAAUGAUUACGCCAUUGUCGAAAAUAUUACUCCAUCGUCUUGUGAAACUGAAUAUAGUAAUAAGGUAAGAUCUGCAUUCAAUACCUUGACUACUUGUAUUUGUAUAGUAAUAGCAUGGACUAUGAUGUAUUUGAUAUUUGGGAAAAACAUGUUACCAGGCUCACAACUAGCAUCAGUUUGUUUUCUAGUUGCUAGUUCAUGGGCUGCAGGAAAAGUAAUUGAACAACUUUAUUUACCGCCAAUGCUAGGAAUGUUGAUAGUUGGUGUUGUAUUAAGAAACGUAGGUUUUUAUGAUAUAAAAAAUGAUUUUCAAAUAUACAUAAUUAUUCUUAGGGAAGUUGCUCUUACAACACUAUUAGUAGAAUCAGGAUUAAGUUUAGAUGGUACUAUGCUUAAAAAACUUAGUUUAGUCGUAAUUCAAUUAGCCAUAUUACCAUGCAUUACAGAAACUAUAGCUACAGCCGUAGUUACAUAUUAUCUCAUAGGAUUACCAUGGAUGUGGGGUCUUCUUUUAGGAUGUGUUUUAAGCCCAGUAAGUUCUGCAGUUAUUUUGCCAUCUUUAUUAUCUUUAAAACAACAAGGUCUUGGCGAAGAUAAGGGUAUUAUAACACUAGUUAUAGCUGCAUGUAGUUUUGAUGAUAUUUUUUGUAUUUCUGCAUUUGGUGUAUGUCUUGGUUUUUUGUUUUCAACAAAUUGGACAUCUAAUAUCAUACAAGGACCUUUAGAAAUUGCAAUGGGUCUUUUUUGUGGGAUUAUUUGGGGAAUUGUUGCUGGAUUCAUACCACAUAAGUGUGAAGAAAAUCUGAAUAUGAAAAGAGCAUAUGUCAUAACAGGUGGAGGAAUAUUGCUGGUAUUUGGCUUUACAGUUGUCGGAUAUUCAGGUGGUGGUCCUUUAGCAGCUAUGACUGCUGCUUUUGUUGCAAAUAUAUGCUGGAAAAAUAAUAAUUCAUUUAAUGAAGAUGUAGAAAGCAUAGUUAACAGUAUAUGGAAUCUACUAGAGCCAAUAUUAUUUGCAUCAAUUGGUACUGAAAUAAAUUUAACUGCUUUAAAGUCAUCACUGAUCAUUUCAGCAUCUAUCCUUCUUUUCAUAAUAUCAUGUGUUAGAGUUCUAACAUGUUUCUUUGUAUUAAAAGAUACUAAUUUUAACAUGCAGGAAAAAUUAUUUGUGAAUAUUGCAUGGAUGCCCAAAGCAACAGUACAAGCGGCAAUUGGUCCUUUAGCAUUAGAUAUGGCACGUAGAUACCAUGAUUCUAAUCAGAUUGAAUAUGCAUCAGAUGUAUUAGCAAUCAGUGUACUAGCAAUACUUAUUACAGCACCAACUGGAGCUAUUUUAAUGACACUUCUUGGGAAUUAUUUACUACGAGAAAAAUAUUGAAGACAACUAUUUAAAGUUAAAUUGUCUUAUGUAACACUAGUCAAGUUUUUUUAAGUUAUUUACUAAAAUAUACAGAACUAGUUAGUUGGUUUUUUAUUUUUUUAACUACAACAUUUUUAUUUAUAAAUAUUUUUGUAUAAAUAAAAUUAUUAUUAAAUCA